AGCCCCGCUCACCCAGCACUAGUUCCUUUUCUACAUUCUCGCAUCGGCGAAGGUCGUAUUACCGCGCUCGCCGGAAGCCUCGAAACCGGCUUGGUUGGAGCUACGUGGAUUACGUCCUCCAGAGGCUGCGAGCUGCGGCUGGACUAUCGAUUUCUUCACGUUCUGGAUUAUCUUCAGUUGCAUAUUUUCUACUCGGGAACAAGCUCUCAGCCACACCACGCUGCUGUUGGACCAUGUGUAGCAACUAGGUCUCAAGACUCUUAAAUGGCGGAACCAUUAAUUUUUUUCAGCUGUCUGUACGGAAGUCUCAAAGUGAAGCACGCCAUCGGAAGCAUGCAGCAAGGACUUCCGACACUAAAUCAACACAAACUAAAUGGACAAGAGUUGAGCGUCAAUAUUUAAAAAACGAAAUACAUUUUAAAGACUUCAAGUCAGAAUGGAGGUACUUGGAGGCGAAUUUUGUAAUAUGUCCCAGCAGGAACUGGCUGCUCCUGUCAACACUGUAGAGGAAAAAUGGAAACUGCUGCCUGCCUUCUUAAAGGUGAAAGGCUUGGUUAAGCAGCACAUUGAUUCCUUCAAUUAUUUCAUCAAUGUAGAGAUCAAGAAAAUCAUGAGUGCCAACGAAAAGAUAACAAGUGACGCGGACCCAAUGUGGUACAUCAAGUACCUCAAUAUCUACAUUGGCAUGCCUGAUGUGGAAGAGAGCUUCAAUGUUACCCGGCCAGUCUCGCCUCAUGAGUGUCGUCUUCGAGACAUGACCUACUCGGCACCUAUCACUGUGGACAUCGAGUACACACGUGGCAGUCAGAGAAUCAUCCGCAAUGCUUUGCCUAUUGGAAGGAUGCCCAUUAUGUUACGGAGCUCCAAUUGUGUCUUGACAGGAAAGACACCCUUGGAGUUCUCCAAACUGAACGAAUGCCCCCUGGAUCCAGGAGGCUAUUUCAUUGUAAAAGGUCAAGAAAAAGUCAUUCUGAUCCAGGAGCAGCUGUCCAAAAACAGGAUCAUUGUGGAGCAGGACAGGAAAGGUGCAGUGGGAGCCUCAGUCACCAGUUCCACUCACGAGAAGAAAAGUAGAACAAACAUGAUCAUGAAACAAGGACGAUUCUACUUGAAGCACAACACGUUGACGGAAGAUGCUCCCAUCGCCAUUAUAUUCAAGGGAAUGGGUGUGGAGAGUGACCAGGAGAUCGUACAGAUGAUUGGUACUGAGGAGCAUGUGAUGGCUAGCUUUGCCCCAAGCUUGGAAGAGUGUCAGAAAGCACAAAUAUUCACACAAACCCAGGCUCUGAGGUACCUUGGUAAUAAAGUCCGCAGGCAGCGCAUGUGGGGAGGACCUAAGAAAACCAAAAUGGAGGAGGCCAGGGAACUACUGGCAUCGUUGAUUCUCACACACGUGCCUGUCAAAGAGUUUAACUUCAGGGCCAAAUGUAUAUAUUUGGCCGUGAUGGUACGCAGGGUGAUCCUAGCACAAGGGGACAACAAGGUGGACGACAGAGAUUACUAUGGCAACAAACGUCUGGAGUUGGCUGGACAGCUUCUAUCUCUACUUUUUGAAGACCUGUUCAAAAAGUUCAACUCUGAACUGAAGAAGAUAGCCGACCAGAUCAUACCCAAACAACGGGCAGCACAGUUCGAUGUGGUCAAGCACAUGAGACAGGACCAGAUCACAAAUGGCAUGAUUAAUGCCAUUUCCACUGGCAACUGGUCCCUGAAGAGAUUCAAGAUGGACCGUCAGGGGGUGACGCAGGUCUUGUCUCGCCUUUCUUACAUUUCAGCCCUGGGCAUGAUGACCCGGAUCUCCUCCCAGUUCGAGAAGACCCGUAAGGUUAGCGGCCCCCGUUCCUUGCAGCCCUCACAGUGGGGCAUGCUGUGCCCGUCCGACACACCCGAAGGAGAGGCCUGUGGGUUGGUGAAAAACCUGGCCCUGAUGACACACAUCACCACCGACAUGGAGGAUAGUCCCAUAAUCAAGCUGGCCUUCAAUCUGGGUGUGGAGGAUGUCAACUUGCUGUGUGGAGAGGAGCUGGCUUACCCCACUGUCUUCCUUGUCUUCCUCAAUGGAAACAUUCUCGGCGUCAUUCGGGAUCAUCAAAAGCUAGUCAGCACCUUCAGGCUGAUGCGCAGGGCGGGGUUCAUCAACGAGUUUGUGUCCAUUUCCACUAAUAUGGCUGACCGAUGUGUGUACAUCUCAUCGGAUGGAGGCCGCCUUUGCAGACCAUACAUCAUAGUGAAAAAGGGUCAACCCAUGGUCAAAAACAAACACAUCGAGGAUCUGUCGCAAGGUUACAGAUCCUUUGAGGACUUCCUUCACGAAGGUCUGGUGGAGUACCUGGAUGUCAACGAGGAGAACGACUGUCAAAUUGCCCUUUAUGAGUACAUGAUACACAAAGACACAACACACUUGGAAAUCGAGCCCUUCACGCUACUUGGGGUGUGUGCCGGCCUCAUUCCCUACCCCCACCACAACCAGUCGCCCAGGAACACAUACCAGUGCGCUAUGGGCAAGCAAGCCAUGGGUACGAUCGGGUACAACCAGAGGAACCGCAUCGACACGCUGAUGUAUUUGCUGGCGUACCCCCAGAGGCCCAUGGUCAAAACCAAAACCAUUGAGCUGAUUGACUUUGAGAAGCUUCCUGCUGGUCAGAACGCCACCGUGGCAGUGAUGAGCUACAGCGGCUAUGACAUUGAGGACGCCCUCGUCCUCAACAAAGCGUCGCUUGACCGAGGCUUUGGUCGUUGUCUGGUGUACAAAAAUAGCAAGUGCACACUGCGACGCUACACCAACCAAACCUUUGACAAGGUGCUGGGCCCCAUGUUGGAUGCCAGCACUAGAAAGCCCGUCUGGAAGCACAAAAUCCUGGAUGCUGACGGGAUCUGCUCUCCGGGUGAGCGAGUUGAGAACAAGCAGGUGCUGGUAAAUAAAUCCAUGCCGACCGUCACACAGACACCACUGGAGGGCAGCACCCAACCAGGACAGCCACAAUACAGGGACGUGCCCAUCAGCUACAAGGGCUCAACGGAUUCAUAUAUCGAGAAGGUCAUGAUCUCGUCCAAUGCCGAAGAUGCCUUCCUUAUCAAGAUUCUCCUCAGGCAGACCAGGAGGCCCGAGAUCGGAGACAAGUUCAGCAGUCGACACGGACAGAAAGGUGUUUGUGGCCUCAUCGUCCCCCAAGAAGACAUGCCUUUCUGUGACACGGGCAUUUGUCCCGACAUCAUCAUGAACCCACAUGGCUAUCCUUCCAGAAUGACAGUGGGGAAACUCAUUGAGCUGCUGGCCGGCAAGGCAGGAGUGCUGGACGGACGCUUCCACUACGGGACGGCUUUUGGUGGCAGCAAAGUGAAGGAUGUGUGUGAGGACUUGAUCCGCUAUGGAUACAAUUACCAAGGGAAGGACUAUGUCACUUCAGGCAUCACUGGUGAGCCUCUGGAGGCGUACAUCUACUUUGGCCCAGUGUAUUACCAAAAACUGAAGCACAUGGUCUUGGACAAGAUGCAUGCAAGGGCACGGGGUCCCCGAGCUGUUCUGACCAGGCAACCAACAGAGGGUCGUUCCAGAGACGGUGGUCUGCGUCUGGGUGAGAUGGAACGCGACUGUCUGAUUGGUUAUGGCGCCAGCAUGUUGCUGCUGGAGCGUCUCAUGAUCUCCAGUGAUGCUUUUGAAGUAGACGUGUGCGGACAGUGUGGCCUUUUGGGAUACUCUGGAUGGUGUCACUACUGCAAGUCUUCAUGUCACGUGUCAUCGCUACGUAUUCCCUAUGCUUGCAAACUGCUUUUCCAGGAGUUGCAGUCCAUGAACAUCAUCCCCCGUCUCAAACUGUCGCGCUACAACGAGUGACUGAACCAAAGAAACAGGCAAAAGGCUUGACGUUUUUUUUUCUUCACUCUUUUUUUGUGUAUGAUAUUUCAGCCUUUUGCUCUACUUUUAUGUAAAUAAUAAACACUUGAUGCAGUUUUUUGUUUUUUUGCUUGAGUGUUGACAAUCACAUGACAGUAAGAACAGCUAUUACAGACGGUUCAAUACUAAAAUACAUAUCCCAAUGGAAAAACACCUUUUUUUUUUUUCGAAUAUACACGUCACAUGAUCUUCUUUCAGUAAAUUGAGUGUGUGUGUCUGAGGUGGGGCGGAAGGUUGUAGCAUCUCAUAAUCAGAAAAUGCUGGUAAAUUAGUGAGUUUUCCAAUAAUAAUUGGCAAUGGAUUCCCAAAAUAUCAACUAAUCACAAGGGCUUGAUUAAACUAAUGGGUGGCACAUCUUUGAAGAUAAAAGUUGUGGUAUGUUCAUUGACUAAGAACACAAAAAUUGUGUGAAGGAAGAACUUAUUUUAGUCAUACCUAAAGUGACAUAAAGUUUGAAAUAUUCAUCAAAAACAUUUUGAAUUGUACUGUUAGUGCUUGGAGAUAGAAAUACUAACUCAUUAAUGCAAGCAGAAGUAAUGAACAAAAAUAGGUUUCACACAGGUGAUCAAAGAUGAUAAUAUUUCCCUGUUACAACCACAGUAGUCACAUAAAAACUGGGUUCCCAUGUGUCCUUAAAAAGUCUUAAAAUGUUUUAAAUUUUAAAUCCAGAUAAUCAACAUCUUAAAGAACCAUUUGAUAAUUUUUCAGUUUUUGGCUAUUUUAGCGAUGCCGAUGGACAAAAGUGGUACUGUUUUGGCUUAAGUAAGACUGCAUUUCCCAUGAGGCCCAGCGCCCGCCCGCAAACUGCCGUAAAAUCAUCAAUCAAUUACCAUAUUGGCCCGAAUAUAAGACUGUGUUUUUUUGCAUUGAAAUAAGAUUGAAAUGAUUAUGACAGAUCUCGGCUACUCUCCCCAUUCACGAUGCUAGAUGGCGCCAGAUAUCAUUGAAGCGAUGUUCUGUCAUGACAGAUCUCAGCUACUAGUUGAACCAGUUUGCAUUAUUUUAUUGCAAUGU